GUGCGUAGCCAGCUCCACCUGGAACGCAACAGGCUGGUGCUGACCUGUAUGGCAGAAGGAAGCUGGCCGCUGGAGUUCAAAUGGAUCCACAACAACACGGAGCUGACCCGGUUCUCACUGGAGUAUAGGUACCUAAUCCCUUCGUUAGACCGCUCCCAUGCCGGCUUUUACCGCUGCAUCGUGAGGAAUCGGGUUGGAGCUCUUCUACAGAGGCGCACAGAAGUACAGGUGGCCUUUAUGGGCAGUUUUGAAGAAGGCGAACGCAGCCAGUCAGUCUCUCAAGGCGAGGGCGCCGUUAUCCAGGCGCCACGUAUUCGCAGCUUCCCCCAACCCCAAGUCACCUGGUACAGAGAUGGACGCAAGAUACCACCUAGCAGUCGCAUUGCCAUCACCCUGGACAACACACUAGUCAUCCUGUCUACUGUGGCGCCAGACGCUGGGAGAUACUACGUCCAAGCUGUAAACGACAAGAACGGAGAGAACAAGACGAGCCAGCCCAUCACGCUGUCAGUUGAAAAUGUCGGAGGUCCCGCAGACCCCAUUGCUCCCACCAUCAUCAUCCCUCCCAGGAACACCAGCGUGGUUACGGGCACCUCAGACGUCACCAUGGAGUGUGUCGCCAACGCCAGGCCUCUGAUAAAGCUGAGCAUCACAUGGCGAAAGAAUGGCGUGUUGGUGACAAGCGGUUUAAGCGAUUUUAACCGCAGGCUGACCAUCCUCAGCCCUAUGGUGAGCGACGCCGGCUACUACGAGUGUGAGGCCAUUCUCCGCAGCAGCAGCGUGCCUUCAGUCAGUCUCGGAGCUUAUCUACAUGUACUAGAACCACCGCAGUUCAUCAAGGAACCAGACAAACACAUCACAGCUGAGAUGGAGAAGGUGGUGGACAUUCCCUGCCAGGCACGAGGAGUACCUCAGCCUGAUAUCGUGUGGUACAAAGACGCUCUGCCCAUCGACCCGGUGAAGACGCCCCGUUACAGGGUCCUGGUGGGAGGUAGCCUGCAGGUCAACGGCCUCCUGCCCGAUGACACCGGCAUGUUCCAGUGCUUCGCCAGAAACUCGGCGGGUGAAGUUCAGACCAACACGUACCUGGCUGUUACCAGCAUUGCCCCGAAUAUCACAGCCGGACCCUCGGACAGCACCGUGAUCGACGGCAUGUCAGUCAUCCUGCACUGCGAGACGUCUGGAGCGCCGAGGCCGGCUAUCACCUGGCAGAAAGGUGAACGAGUGUUGGCCAGUGGUUCGGUCCAGCUGCCCCGCUUCACCCUGCUCGAGUCUGGCAGCCUCCUCAUAUCGCCCUCCCACAUCUCAGACGCCGGGACCUACACUUGCAUGGCAAGCAACUCAAGGGGCAUUGACGAGGCGUCCGCUGACCUCGUGGUGUGGGCUCGCACCCGGAUCACCACACCCCCUCAAGACCAGAGUGUCAUAAAGGGAACUAAAGCCAUCAUGACCUGUGGAGUAACACAUGACCCCAGCGUCACUGUCAAGCAUAUCUGGGAAAGAGACGGCUCAGCUAUCCAGGUCCAGUCCAUUCCCCGCAUGCGACUUGACGCUGAUGGCACCCUCCACAUCUCGCAAACAUGGUCUGGUGAUAUCGGCACCUACACCUGCAGAGUCACCUCCGUCGGUGGCAACGACUCCCGCAGCGCACACCUCCGAGUCAGGCAGCUGCCCCAUGCCCCUGAGAACCCCACGGCGGUACUGAGCAAAUCAGAGAAGAGAGCGAUCGACCUGGCCUGGGCCAAGCCGUUUGAUGGUAACAGUCCUCUGAUACGCUACAUCCUGGAGGUCUCUGAGAACAAUGCUCCCUGGGCCAUCCUGCUGGCCAACAUCGAGCCAGAGUCCACAGCGGUGACAGUGAACGGUUUGAUCCCGGCACGCUCCUAUCAGUUCCGCCUCUGUGCUGUCAAUGAUGUGGGGAAGGGGCAGUUCAGCAAGGAGACAGACCGUGUCUCUCUCCCGGAGGAGCCACCCAGCGCUCCUCCUCAGAACGUCAUCGCCAGCGGUCGGACUAACCAGUCUAUCAUGAUCCAGUGGCAGCCCCCGCCAGAGAGCCACCAGAACGGCAUCCUCAGAGGAUACAUCGUCAGGUAUCGUCUCACCGGGCUGCCUGUGGACUACCAGAUCAAGAACAUCACCACUCCAGACGUGACCAACCUUCUGCUGGAGGACCUCAUCAUCUGGACUAACUAUGAGAUCGAAGUGGCCGCCUACAACGGAGCCGGUUUGGGUGUUUUCAGCCACAAAGUCACUGAGUGGACUCUGCAGGGAGUUCCCACCAUCGCCCCCGGCAAUGUGCAGGCCGAGGCGGUCAACUCGACAACGAUCCGUUUUACGUGGACAGCCCCGAACCCUCAGUUCAUCAAUGGCAUAAACCAGGGGUACAAGUUGCUGGCCUGGGAGCGCGGCAGGGACAGCGACAUUGCCAUGGUAACAGUAGGACCCAACUUUCAGGACAGCGUCCACGUGGGCUACAUGAUGGGUCUGAAGAAGUUCACAGAGUACUUCACAUCAGUGCUGUGUUUCACCACGCCCGGAGACGGCCCACGCAGCCCACCCCGAGCACUGAGGACACAUGAGGACACCCCCGGUCCUGUAGGCCACCUGAGUUUCACUGAGAUCUUGGACACCUCGCUAAAAGUGAGCUGGAGUGAGCCUAGCGAGAAGAACGGCGUUCUUACAGGCUAUCGCAUUUCAUGGGAGGAGUACAACCGGACGAACACCAGAGUCACCCACUACCUGCCGAAUGUGACUUUAGAGUACAGGGUCACCGGACUCACCGCUCUCACCACCUACACCAUUGAAGUGGCGGGGAUGACCUCCAAAGGCCAGGGCCAGCUGUCCUCCUCCACCAUCUCCUCCGGUGUCCCACCAGAGCUUCCUGGCCCUCCUACCAACAUUGCAAUCUCCAACAUUGGCUCUCGCUCCGUCACCCUGCAGUUCAAACCAGGAUAUGACGGCAAGACAUCCAUUUCUCGAUGGCAGGUGGAGGCUCAGGUGGGUGUUGUGGGAGAAAAUGAAGAUUGGGUGAUGGUUCACCAGGUAACCAAUGAGCCUGAAGCUCGCUCCUUAGAGGUGCCAGGACUCAACCCGUACACCUUCUACAGGUUCAGGAUGCGUCAGGUGAACAUCGUGGGCACCAGUCCUCCCAGCCAGCCCUCCAGAAAGAUCCAGACCCUGCCUGCUCCUCCUGACAUGGCCCCCGCCAACGUCACAUUGCGCACUGCCAGUGAGACCAGCCUCUGGUUACGAUGGAUGCCUUUACCUGAGUGGGAAUAUAAUGGGAUUGCAGAGCAGGUGGGCUACAGGAUUCAGUAUUCCCGUGCUGGCUCUCAAGGUCGAGGGCUGACCCACGUCAUCGCUGACCGUCUGGAGAGAGAGUUCACCAUCGAGGACCUGGAGGAGUGGACGGAGUACGAGGUCAGGGUUCAGGCUGUUAAUGGCAUCGGGAUGGGACCCUGGAGCUCGCCGGUCAAAGGCAGGACGAGGGAGUCUGUCCCCUCCUGUGGACCCACAAAUGUGUCUGCUUUCGCCACCACAUCCAGCAGCAUCCUGGUACGCUGGUUUGAAGUUCCUGAGCCGGAUAGGAACGGUCUCAUUCUGGGCUACAAGGUGGUGUACAAAGAGAAGGACUCUGACAGUGUAGUCCACUUCUGGACAGUGGAGGGAAACGCCACCCACAGUGUCCAGCUGACCGGUCUGGGAAAAUAUGUGCUCUAUGAGAUCCAAGUGCUGGCUUUCACACGUAUUGGAGAUGGACGACCAAGUUCUCCACCCAUCUUGGAGAGGACUUUGGAUGAUGUUCCUGGACCUCCAGUGGGUAUCCUGUUCCCUGAAGUGCGGACUACCUCAGUCAGGCUGAUCUGGCAGUCUCCAUCACAGCCCAAUGGCAUUAUACUUGCCUACCAGAUCACAUACCACCUCAACUCCACAAACAGCAACGCGGCCACUGUGGACGUGCUGAACCCUAGCGCUCGCCAAUACACGGUGACCAACCUGAAGCCGGAGUCGAUCUACGUGUUCCGCAUCACAGCACAGACCAGGAAGGGGUGGGGAGAGGCGGCUGAGGCACUGGUGGUCACCACAGAGAAAAGAGCUCGUCCCCAGCCCACCAGCCGCCCUGUGGUUCUGCAAAAAGACAUCCAGGCCCGCCAGGUCCUGCUGUCAUGGGAGCCGGGCAGUGACGGCCUCUCCCCUGUGCGCUACUACACGGUGCAGCUUAGAGAGCUUCCUGAGAACAACUGGACGGUCCAUUCUGCCUCUGUUAACCACGAGUCCUCCUCUUACAUCGUGUCUAGGCUGAAGCCUUUCACAUCCUACCAGUUCAGAGUGAAAGCCACCAAUGACAUCGGGGACAGCGAGUACAGCGAGGAAAGUGAAGCGAUCACAACACUGCAGGAUGCGCCUGACGAAGCACCCACCAUUCUCUCCGUCACGCCGCACACAACAACAUCAGUACUCAUCCGCUGGAAGCCCCCCUCUGAGGAGAAGAUCAAUGGGAUCUUACUGGGUUUCAGGAUUCGCUAUCGUGAGCUGAUGUACGACCGUCUCCGCAGCUAUUCUGCACAUGCUAUCCACAACAGUGCGUCCACCUGGGCUGAGCUGACUGCCCCUUACAGCAUCCGCAAUCUCAGUGAACCAGCUCUGAACCAGUAUGAACUGGACAAGCUGAGCAAACACAAGCGCUAUGAGAUCCGCAUGAGUGUAUACAAUGCCGUGGGCGAGGGGCCAAACAGCCCGCCACAGGAGGUGUUUGUAGGGGAAGCAGUGCCUACAGCCCCACCACAGAAGGUUGCCAUUCAGUCAGCAACAGCCACCCAGCUGGAUGUGACAUGGGAUCCUCCCCCUGCAGAUGCACAGAAUGGAGACAUCCAGGGCUAUAAGGUUUACUUCUGGGAGUUCCAGCGUAAGAAUGAGACAGAGCGCCUGCGGACUCUGUUCAUGCCAGAGGGAGGAGUAAAGCUGAAGAACCUGACCAGUUAUACCACCUAUAUGAUCAGUGUGGCACCCUUUAAUGCAGCAGGGGACGGACCCCGGAGCCCACCGACGAGAGGACGUACUCAACAAGCAGCUCCCAGUGCUCCCAGCUUCAUCCACUUCAGUGAGCUGACCACCACCUCAGUCAACGUUUCCUGGGGCGAGCCCACCUUCCCUAACGGCAUAAUUGAGGGCUACCGUCUGGUCUAUGAGCCCUCCACGCCUGUAGAUGAGUCCUCAGUGGCCUGUGCCGAAUGUCUCCACUCCCCCUCCCCCCCAGGCGUCAGUAAGACAGUGACGGUGGACGUGAAGGGGAGCGGACCCCUCUGGUUGAAGCUCAGAGACCUGGCCGACGGCAUCACUUACAACUUCCGUAUACGGGCCAAGACGUUCAUCUACGGGCCCGAGGUGGAGGCCAACAUUACCACUGGACCUGGAGAAGGAGCCCCAGGACCUCCAGGAGAGCCCUUCAUUUCACGCUAUGGUUCGGCCCUGACCAUCCACUGGACCAGUGGGGACCAAGGACGUGCUCCCAUCACGCGCUACGUGAUCGAGGCCAGACCUUCAGAUGAGGGAUUGUGGGAUAUCUUAAUCAAGGACAUCCCAAAGGAAGUGACAUCACACACGUUCAACAUGGACAUCCUGAAGCAAGGAGUUAGUUAUGACUUCAGGGUGAUUGGAGUGAAUGACUACGGCUACGGCUCCCCAAGUCUACCUUCUCCUUCCAUAUCAGCCCAAAAAGUGGCUCCUUUCUACGAGGAGUGGUGGUUCCUGGUUGUGGUCGCUCUGGUGGGGCUCAUCUUUAUCCUGCUGCUGGUUUUCAUCCUCAUUAUCAGAGGACAGAGCAAGAAGUACGCCAAGAAAGCUGAUUCAGGUAAUAACUCCAACUGUAACGCUCUAACCCACGGAGACAUGGUGAGCCUAGACGAGGGCCGAUUCCCCGCGCUGGAGCUCAACAACCGACGACUGUCUGUAAAAAACUCCUUCUGCAGGAAGAACGGCGUCUACACCAGAUCUCCUCCUAGGCCCAGUCCAGGCAGUCUUCACUAUUCGGAUGAGGAUGUCAGCACAAAAUACAACGACCUGAUCCCUGCAGAGAGCAGCAGCUUGACUGAAAAACCUUCUGAAAUCUCAGACUCACAGGAGGCGCUGGUGUUUUCAUAUGGGACAGGUGGCCUACAUACACUUCCACUGCAUUUGGGCAGCGACAGCGAGUACGAAGUGGACCCCAACCGCCAGAAGACCCACUCCUUCGUCAACCACUACAUCAGCGACCCCACCUACUACAACUCCUGGCGUCGGCAGCAGAAAGGCAUAUCCCGCGCUCAGGCCUACAGCUACACCGAGUCCGAGUCGGGCGACCCGGAUCACUCUGUCUGCGCCCCGCCGCCGCUGCCUCCUCUACCGCCGCUGCCGCCUCAGCUCAGUUCCCCAAGCCCCCAGCCUCAGCAAGCCCAGGGCCAGCCCCAAGGCCAGGGCAGCCUCUUUAGGCCCAAAGGUAGCCGGACUCCCACCCCUUCCCAGCAGAGCUCCAACCCCCCCAGCCAGCACAGCACCCUGUACAGGCCACCCAGCAGCCUAGCACCCGGCUCACGGGCUCCAAUCGCUGGAUUUUCCUCUUUUGUGUGAGAAAAAGGACAAUGGAAUUUCUGGAAAUAUCUACCCAUCUUGUGUUGAUGGAGAACAUAGCGACACA